AUGAAUUCCCUGCUCCUGAGCGCUGUCGUCUUUGGAUGCUUGUUGGAACCCGUCAUGGCAUGGAAUGAGACACAGCAACUUGCACUAGCCUUGGCGCCCAAGUUCUCGGGGACCUUGUCAAUCAUGGGAUCGGUCUUUAUCAUCACUGACAUUGUCAAGAGCCGAGAAAAGCUAGGACGGACCUACUCCCGAAUCCUACUCGUCAUGAGUCUCUACGAUUUCUUUACCAGUAUUGCCCAAGGUCUGUCCACAUGGCCCAUACCAGCAGAGACCCAAGGUGUCAAAUUUGCUUCAGGGACUACCUUUACCUGUAACUUUCAGGGAUUCUUCACACAGCUUGGAGUGGGCGCACCCAUGUACAAUUGCUCCCUUUCUUUUUACUAUUUGAUUGUUAUUGCAUUCGCCUUUAGCGAAGACAGAGUCAGGCAAAUUGAAGGGUUCAUGCAUUUCAUUCCACUCUCCUUCUCGAUUGGAUCCGCAAUCGCUGGUCUUCCUCUGACACUCUACAACAGUGCCGGUCUCUGGUGUUGGAUUGCGGCAUUGCCGGGAACCUGUGUCAAUGGUAACAAACCAGAGGGAGAAGGAGAAUGUAGAAGAGGCGAAAUGGCCUGGGUCUAUCGAUGGGCAAUCUACUAUGGACCUGUAUGGUUAUCCGUCGUAACAAUCACUCUCAACAUGGGGGCCGUAUCGUACUUGGUUUGGGCCAAAGAACGGGCCAGUAACCGAUUUCGCUUUGGUCAUCCGUCCAACUUGACGUCUUCUUCGGCCGCGAGUGACGCGGGCAGCAAUGAUGGCGAACUGAUGGAUAAGAAUGCUCGAGCUAAGGCACAGGCUGGAAGCGUGACGCGGUACUUUGCCAGUAAGCGGCAAAAGGUCAAACAGAAAAAACGAGCCGGAUUAUCAAGCCAAGUCUUUUGGCAAGCAUUCUAUUAUGUCGUUGGAUUCUACAUUACUUGGAUUACUCCCACCGUGCUGAGAAUGUUGCAAACAAUCGACAAACCAGUCCCUUUUUGGGUUGUCAUGUGCAUGUCGAUUUUGUUGCCCUUGCAAGGCUUUUUCAAUUUCCUAGUCUAUGUUCGUCCGCGAGUUGUACAGUAUAGAAACCGGCAUCCAGAGAAUGGGCUGUUCAAUGCCAUUGCGCGGGCCGUACGACGAACAAUCACAGUCAUGUAUGUGAGCGACAGCCGUGCCUUUACGGAAACGGAAGCUCAAGACAUUGAAGUCUUGGAUCCUUGUUAUGCAUUGCAAGUGGAAAAGGAAGAGGAGCACCGCAGGCUCUCGCAAGAGAAACUUAAAAUCGCCGAGAAGGAUAAGCUUGAAUACAAGGAGAACGACGAGCCACACGACAAUCACGUUGAAAAGGCACCGUCAGCGCCUCGAACAACUAUGGAGCAACGUCGACUUGAUGAAAUGAGGCUUCUGGAAGAGGAAGAUCCAUCGUUUCACGAAGGAGAAAGUAUCCACAUGGACGUUGGAUGCAAUAGCGGAGACCUUGGGAAGAACGCUAGCAUCCGCAGCAAUGGAGACUGUGCACCCACAGACGACAAUCCGAGCAGUCUCUCCUCCAGUGGACGACAAAUAGUAUCUGGCAGCGGUCACGGCACGAUCCAUGAUAGCGCACACCAACUGUCUGACAUCGCACACAGCAAUCCUGGCGAGGAGAGUGACGAGCGAAAUCAACCUACGACAACGACUCAAAUUGCACCCAUGGAUGGCGAAGACGAGACCACAGGUCCUCCCACUCAGCGUCCGUAUUUCUACCCCGAGUUCUUGGGCGAUCCUGACUUCUUUUUCACCUGA